AGACUUAUUCACUGUAGUCACUGAUACUCAAAAGGCAUCCUCGACUUAUUUUCGAUUCAUAUUAAAUUUAAGAGUGUUGUUCGUAUUUUUAACUGCACUGGUUCGGAUUGUACAUGAUCCUUUUUCUCGGACGCGCUUACAGAUGUGAAAGAUCUUCUCGAUCUUCGUAAAAAUUGGUGUUGAAGACUAAUUAUGGUUCUAAAUGGCAUGCGUACGGGAAAUAAAAUAGAAAUAAAUGUGAUCAGUGACAAAUUGCACCAAAAUGAGAAUUAUGAGGAAAUUGUAUACGAAUAUGAAGACGCUUUGGAUUUAACUGGAAACAGCUGGUACAACCGUGGUCUUCUAACUACUCUAAGCAUAGGUCUGCUAGGCAUGGGUAUAGACAUCUUUGGUUUCUCAGUGGUGGUCACAGGCUGUUCUUGUGACUUCCAACUGGAACUAUGGCAGAAGAGUAUUAUGCUAUCCAUGCCUUUUGUUGGCCCGAUUUUUAUGUCAAUACCUUGGGGCUAUAUAUCUGAUACAAAGGGUCGAAAGAAAACAUUGCUGAUCGCUUUAUGGGGAAGUUUUUUGUCAUCCUUUAUAAGUGCAUUUUCCUCAAACUGGAUCAUGUUAGCUGUCCUCAAGGUUUUCAGUUCGUGCUUUUGUAGUGCAGUCCAAUCAGUGGCCUAUACAUUGCUUGGAGAAUCCUGUUCAAGGAAAGUACGAGGUUUCUAUAUGCUCCUAAUGACCAGUGUGCUGAUGUUAUUCCUACUAUGUUAUAUUGUACCUGGCUACUUCAUUCUUCAGCUAACCUUCUCAAGUAAUCUGGGCCUCAUCUUCUUCACACCCUGGAGGCUUUUAACCAUAGUUAUGGCAUCACCACUUGGCAUCAGCGCCUUUCUACUGCAUUUCUUCUACGAAAGUCCAAACUUUCUCAUUAACGCUGGUCGAGAAAGUGAAGCUUUGGUAUAUCUUCAAAAAAUGUGGCUGAGGAACGGAGGUAAAGGAUCUGAGUACCCGGUACGUAAAGUGAUAUUAAAGAAUGAGGCAAAAGUGAGUGGUGACAACACGAACUUAUUAAUAUCUUUUUGGCAACAAACGUUUCCACUAUUUAAACCGCCUUUACUUUGGAGAACAUUACAAUUAUUCUUCUUGACAAAUGUAAUUUAUACCAUUAACAAUAGCUUGGUGAUGUGGAUGCCACAUAUCGUUGAGGCUUUUACUAAGGGAGUCAGUUCAGAAGCCGUCUCUGGAAGCUUAUGCAACAUCAUUACGGGGGCAGCAAAAGUGAAGAAUUCUUCCCAUGAAGAAGUCGCCUGUUCCUCAUCAAUUCAAUCCGGAACAUUGCUAUCAGGCAUCGCCCACGGAAUAGUUUUCGCUGGAAUCACGCUGGCCGUAUCAAAAUUAGCUUCUAGAAAGAAAGCAAUAAUGAUUGGCUUUCUCCUUGUAACUGCCUUGUCUUGUCUGGGAGCAGUGUUUAAUACGAAUCAUAUAGGAAGUUUGAUUCUGUAUGUAGGAAUGAUGAUGACGAAUUUAUGUAUGGGUGUAUUGUUCGCGUAUUAUGUCGAGUUGUUUUCUACUUCAUAUAGGAGUAUGGCAUCAUGUUUGGGUGUGAUGGUGGCUCGUAUCAGUGGGCUUGCUGGUGUCAACUUCCUUGGAGUGUUCCUCAUGACCAACUGUGCCAUGACCUUCUAUGCUUUCACUGCUUAUUUGUUUGUUGGUAUUGCUGUGGCAGCGUAUUACUUACCAGCGGAUAAACCCUUAGGAAUAAAAUGGAAGAUUUUACGCAACCAAUUGAAAAAUAAAGUCAGCAUUAAUUCUGGAAGAAAUUAAAGUAUUCUAGCCUUUUAUUUUUAAGAAAGAAAUAGUUUUCUAUACUGAGGCUCUUCUUCACUUAAAAUAAGCAUGUGAUUUUUUUGCAUUUUUAUGUCAUAGCUUGGUAAUGUAACAAUUAGCGCCAUCUCGCGGCCAUUCUCCGAACCAUUCAUUUGAGGAGCUUGGAAAUACGUCUUUAUAUGAAUCUCAAGAUUGCCAUGUAACUUGCCUAAAGGAAAUAAAAAGUAAAACUUA